AUGUAUUUUACUUCGAUUAUCUCAUUUGUUAUUAUUCUUUUUAUUCAACAUACAUAUGAACAAGAUCAAGAUUCAGUUCCAAAUUCAUAUGAAAUUCGAGAACAUAGUAUUAAUCGACCGUAUCCAGGAGUAUUUUCUACAGGAAGUUCACAUUGGCAUUUAGUCGGAAAUACAUUAGUUACAGACAGAUAUAUUCGUUUAACAUCAGAUUCACAAAGUAAAGCUGGUGGUUUAUGGAAUAUGAUACCUGUUGCUUAUCCUGAUUGGGAAAUGCAUGUUAAUUAUAAAGUACAUGGUACUGGAAAAGAACUCUUUGGUGAUGGAUUUGUUAUUUGGUAUGCUCGAGAUCCAAAAUUAAGUGGUCCUGUUUUUGGUUAUCAAGAUUAUUUUCAUGGAUUAGCUAUUAUUAUGGAUACAUAUUCCAAUCAUAAUGGACCACAUAAUCAUGCUCAUCCAUAUAUAUCAGCUAUGGUUAAUAAUGGUUCACUUCAUUAUGAUCAUGAUCGAGAUGGUACACAUACAAUUAUAAAUGGUUGUGAAGCACCUUUUCGUGGUCGAGAAACUGAUACACUUGUUGCUAUACGGUAUCAAAAUGAUCGUUUAACGAUUUCAACUGAUAUUGAAGGAAAAAAUGUUUGGAAAGAAUGUUUUUCAGCGUCGGAUGUUCAUUUACCAUCACAUUAUUAUUUUGGUUUUACAUCAGCUACCGGUGAUUUAUCUGAUAAUCAUGAUAUUAUAUCAGUACAUACAUAUCAAUUAGAAACAAGUGAACAACGACGUAAUGAAGAUCGUAAAAAUAUAAUACCAAAUGCUCCAGGAGCUGAAGCUGAACGUCCACAUAUCGAAGAUCCAAGUGGAUCAGGAUGGUCUGCUUUAAAAAUAUUUUUUCUUAUUCUUUUCUUAAUUAUUGUUUGUUUGGGUGUUGGUAUUGGCGCAUAUUAUUACAUGAACAAACGACAAUAUCAUCGUGCACGAUUCUAUUAA